ACAUUCGCAUUCUUUUUGUUCAAGUAGGUAGGCCACUUUGGAUAAUUUUGACGCAAAUGGUACAUCAACUUUUACAUUCGCAUGCUAAGUACGUGCAAGUUGGCAUCCACCGACCCAUUUCACCGUGAAGUACUGAUGAUAAUUACUCACGACAAAAACGUUAUUACAACUUUUAUAAAGUUUCUAAGUCUGAAAUGUUUUGUAAGGAAAAAACGAAACAAAAGAAAUUGAAACACAAAUAACAUUCACGAUAACUAUUUGAAAAAAAUAUUAUUAUGUUGUAUAUUUCAGCUGUUUUUUUGGCACUCACAAUUAUUUUUUCCCCAUGCUAUUUAUUUUAAAUAUUAUAUUCUUGGAAAAAUUUUAUAGAUGCUUUUUUAACGGUAUAUAUGAUCGCAUGGGUGACAAAACGACUCAUCCAUCAUAAGCGUAACAAAUGCAUUCACAAUUUCACGUAUAGUAUUUCCAGAAUCAAACGGUCGACGUGUUACCAUCUGAAAACUACGCAUGUUUGUUUAUGGUAAACUCAUGGCAAAUAAAGAUUAAAGGCAUUAAAACUAAACUAUCCUAAGAAACAAUAAACCACAAAAGAUGUUAAACAUUGACAAAGAUGUUGAAAUUAGUGAUUUUUUUUCCAAAAAGUAUCACUGAAGAUAAGUUAGUGGAGAGAUUCAUGGUGUUUUCACAGAAAUAAAUUUGUCAUUCAUUAAAUAGCAUCCAACAUCUUAAGUUUAAGCCUACUAAUCUUCAUAUCUCUCCUAUCUUUCUCUCUUUCUCUCUCUCUUUUGGUGUUUGUGCUUCCUGCAUUAAAGAGAAACCAUCUUCAAUGUUAGACAUCUAAACCCCUAAAUGGAGUCUAGUGUCCAUUGCUCCCAUCACUGUUUCGAUAUUCUUGAAGGAAUGUCGCCACAAGACGAUCAUUUCAACUCAGCAUUCCUACCAAACGCUAACUUCCAUGUCCCGAUACAGUCCUUACCACCAAACUCAUCAACUCACAACAACAACAAUCGCUCUCACUUAAACCCAACCAUUUACCACAACGAGGGUCUCGAAAGAAGGGCGAGAAGAAUGGUCUCUAACCGAGAAUCUGCAAGGAGGUCACGCAUGCGGACAAAGAAGCAAAUCGAAGAGCUGCAGCAACAGGUGGAACAGCUCAUGAUAUUGAAUCAUAACUUGUCUGAGAAAGUUAUCCAUUUGCUUGAAAGCAACCACCAGAUACUACAAGAGAACUCACAGCUGAAGGAGAAAGUCUCUUCCUUGCAGAUUCUCAUGGCGGAAAUGCAAAUACCCAUGAGAAAUGUGGAUGGAAGCAUCAAUGACCGGGUUGUGAAUCAUCUCAGAGGAGAGACAUUGAACAGGACCAAUGAUUUAUUUGGUAGGUAAAAAGAAAAAUUUCAUGUUCUUGGUAUGCUAAAGGCAGUAGUAAUAGUAAUACUAUGAUUGACUCGUAUAUGUAAUGUGACUACUACACUAGCAAUUGUUUGCAUAUCUGUAUAUAAUAAAUAACAACAUGCAGUA